UAAUAUGACACUAAUUAGAAACGCUCGUUUGUUUCAGAACACCCGAACAGUGUCCCAGCGUGGUUUCCUUGCUGGCUGAAAGUUACAAUCCUCACGUGAGGUACGGUGCAGCGAUGGCUUUGGGAAUCGCGUGUGGUGGCACAGGAUUGAAGGAGGCUAUAGCGUUGUUAGAUCCUAUGACAAACGACCCGGUGAACUUUGUUCGUCAGGGUGCUUUGAUCGCCUCCGCUAUGAUCUUGAUUCAACAGACUGAGGCAACAUGCGCCAGAGUUAAAGACUUCAGGGCGUUGUACGCCAAGGUCGUCGUAGACAAGCACGAAGACGUAAUGGCGAAGUUUGGCGCCAUUUUGGCCCAGGGCAUCAUCGACGCUGGUGGUCGUAACGUGACAGUGUCCCUGCAAUCAAGAACAGGUCACACCAACAUGUUGGCGGUGGUGGGCGCAUUGGUAUUCACGCAAUACUGGUACUGGUUCCCGUUGGCUCAUUGCCUGGCUCUGGCCUUCACCCCUACGUGUCUGAUAGCUCUGAACGCUCAACUGAAAAUGCCGAAGCUGGAAUUCCGUUCGAACGCGAGACCCAGCGUUUACGCUUAUCCCGCGCCGUUGGAGGAGAAGAAACGGGAGGAAAGGGAGAAAAUCACGACGGCGGUCCUCAGCAUCGCUGCUAGGGCGCGGAGACGCGAGUCCGAGAGACGUGCUCGCGAUUCCCACGAAGAAAAGAUGGAAGUGGAUCCACCAGAAGUGAAGGAUCCCGUGGAGGUGAAGGCAGCGGUGCCGAAAGACAAAGAGGAGAAGAAAAAGGAGAAAGAAGAGAAGGAGACAAAAGAGGUAAAAGAAACAAAGGAGAAGGUCGAGAAAAAAGGCAAGGAUGAAACGGAGAAAGCAGAAAAAGAGAAGAAGGAGCCAGAACCUAAUUUCGAAGUACUUCAAAAUCCUGCUCGCGUUCUGCGACAACAGCUGAAGGUGAUACAAUUAGUGGAGGGCAGCCAUUAUGUUCCUGUGAAGGACAUACAGAUUGGUGGUAUAGUUAUGGUGAAACAUAUACAAGCGGACACUGAAGAAGAACUCGUGGAACCGGUUGCUGCUUUCGGCUCCAAACCCAACGAGGAAAAGGAAGCGGAUCCUCCAAUAGCGUUCGAGUACAACGAGGACUAUUAAAUCCGUACUUUGAACAAACUUCUAUCUGGCUACGACGCAAGUUACAUUUCAUUAAGCUCCAUUAAAGAAGAAGGGAAAACGUUCCUUUUUGUAUAAAGUGCGCCGUCCUACCAUAUUUUCUUUUUUUAUAAUUUUCGUAAUGUUAAACCCGGCUUCGAUCAUCCCUCGAUAUGUGUCAUGGGACUCCAUUGUUUCGAAUUUUAAUAAAAAUAUGAUUUGCUUCGAUCAUACGUAUGUGUGUCCUUU